UUUUCGUUUUUUAAAGUGUAACUGAUCGAUCGCUGUUUUCUCUCGAAGAUGUCUAAUUAUAAAUUAUGGCUAGCGCUUGUCAUAGCGCUGGUCACAAUUGUGGGCAACAUUGCUGCAGCGCCGGAAAUUGCCUCAGCUGAUUUACCUAUGGAAGCGCGAAAUGGCGGCGGUGACUCAGCUGAAGAUGACGCUCUCAUUGCCACCAGCUACGUAUUACCCAAUCAGAUCUUCAACGAUGGCAAGCCAUAUUAUGCCAGCAAAGAUCCUAUUUCGGGUCAGUUGGACUUUAGCGCAAAGAAGCCGGCAGGCAUUGAAACCGCUGUGAAUGAGGUGAUUGACCCCAAGGAGAAGAUUGUGCUUAGCAGCAAUGCGCCGAACAUACAUGAUUACCUUAAUUUACCGGUGAAGUAUUCAUCCUCAAAAUUCGUGUAUCCACUGGUUUCGAGCUCCUACGCAAAUCUGAAGUAUCAGGGUAGCAAUAAGAAUUAUAUAACAAACAAGAAACCGACAUCAGUGUUGGCCACUCCAGUGACACCUGCACCAAGCCAAAAUUAUUAUACAAUACCGACGACCAAGCUGAUGGCGGUGCCACCUACUGCGCCAGGUUUGCAUAGCAGCAGUGCUUCCACUUCAACUGCCACCACCACCACCACAACUACUACAACCACUACCACCACUACUUCAAAGAAGCCCACCACCAGCGCUACGACUUCGACCAAGCCUAGCAUCACUUCCACAUUACCCCCAGCUCCAACCACGACCGCUACAACCACAACUACUUCCGCUACAACCACAACUACUUUUGCACCUAGUUCGCCCAAGUAUACCACCUUUACGCGCAAGCCUUUGCCCACACUGCCUUCGACUAGCACUCCGCUAGUGACUGACAGCAGCACACGCAAAAAAUUUAUACCAACCAAGAAAUAUACCACUUCAACGUCGACGACCAGCGCCACGACAGCUACACAUAUGCGAUUCCCUGAUCAGCCAGCUGUAAACACCACCACGCCACCAAAACCAGUGAGCGGCAGCACUACCGGGUACACUACGCGUCCACCCUUGGGCGCUGGUAGCACAAUUGCUUCUCCGCCUAACACUAACUUUGUACCGAGCACAAAACAACCCAUACUCUUCACCGAGAAUCCCAACGGACAGUUAACUUCGGCAUUGCCAACACCAGUAAACACUCGCGUACCUGACCUCAACAUCGCCGAUGUCUAUCAGACACUUGGCCAAAAGAAUACUGACCAGAAAAUUGAGCAGAAACCAUCAAUGUCGCUCGCUGAUAUAUUUAAUAGCCUCGCUGAGGAAGAAUCUGCAGUGGCUUCACAAAAUCAAGCUGGUCAGGGCUUCGAUGCACAAGGCAACUAUCAGCAACCGAUUUCGCUCUCAAAGCCAGCACCAUUCGCAAUGCAACAACAGCGUCCGCCACAACUGUCCACACAUCCAACGUAUCCCACAUACGGCACCACACCGCUUCCAGGCGGCAAUACUGAUCAGAAGGUAAUAUCUGGUAGUCAGGAGAACUACAGCGGCGAGUACGUAUCUUAUCAAGUACAACAACCGAAUGUUAUGCAAUAUCGUCCAAUACUCGGUGCUAUCAACAACGUCGUUAUAUCACCCGGUCAGCAUUCCGCUUCGUUUGUGCUAGGAAGUCAGCAACAAGUAGGCACAGCUGCCUUUGGUUCGGUAGAGAAGGAACCGUUGUUCUCAAAGGAACCACCAGUGCAAUACGGCACGGUAAUCAACGAGGAUAUAAGCGCACUAAAACGACCUGGACAGGUGUCUCCCCAACAGAGCGGCACGUUCCCUCCAGCCCAGGGUGUCUCGAAUUUCCAUCAAAAUGGAAAUUUUGGCGGCAGUGGUGCCGGUCCUACGCCACCCUAUGUACAACGUCCACUUGGCACAAAUUCACCAGUCGCUGCCAAUUACCCUGAGGAACCGCCAGCAGCACCAUCUCCAUACCAACAAUUGCCGCUGAUUGGCUCAAAUAUGCGUCAACGUAAACCAACUAAGCCACUCGCUUUACCACAGAUAGCUCCUAGCAGCUACCAGCCAGCCGGGCCGACACAUACACCUGUUGGUCAACCGCCAAUAUCGACCGAAAAUAGCAAGGCACAAGACACCAAAGAAUUGCUCGUUUCCACAAACAUUCGCUUCCCAUCGAAUGAAGAGCAGUCCGCUGAAGAAAACUCUGUACCCGUAGUUGCUGUUCCACCUGCUGGGCCACAGGUCAAUGGUCAUGCACAGCCGCUGAGUCUACAACAACUUCAAAAUACUAAUAAUGUUGUAUUUCCCAAGGGUGGCGAAGAGGGUGUUGGUAAUGCGGCCAUAAAUGCUGGAAGCAACGACAUUCAGAUCCAAAAACAUGAGGUGCUUACUAUGAACCAACACAAGCAGAAAUUGAGCUUUCCAGCAUCUCAGCCGGAGCAGAAUACGCCGUCACAACAUAUGGAGCCGCCACCACGCUUUCCCCCCACACUUUCCAACGCCAUUCCCGAAAACAGCGAAAUCCACAAACGUCCUCAGCCCCCAAAUAGGCCUUUCGGUCCUUCUUCCUCAUACGCUUACAACGAGUACACACGGAAGCCAAUACCCGGUAUAUCACGCCCGAACCUAGAGCGACAUCUACCCAACAUAUUGCCACAGUUCCGUCCCAAUGCUAAGAUUUCAUCUGGUCAUCCGCACGCACAGAACUUCAACCAAGAACCUGGAAAUAUUCGCAUUUCGGGACAACCUCUGAAACGUCCAAACAACUCGCCGCAGUUCGCUCACCGCCGUCAACCACUGCUGCAGCAACAACAACAUCGUUACCCGCUCAAUCGUGCCGCUGAUUUCGGUGCAGGUGCGCCACUGCCCACCGAUGCCAAUCGUCGCGUUUAUCGUUUACCACCUUAUGGCGGACAGGGCGUGCAAUACUUAGACCGCAUGUAUCCAAGACGUCCACUACCUUCGUCCCAACGUGUUGUCGAUAACUAUGAAAGACAUGCGGCUGCAUCCAACUCUGAAGUUUAUAAAACGAUUAUGGCGCCCGAACGUUUGGCCGCUUUUGAAGAAGAAGAUUUGGUGAUCAACGAUCCGCCACAACCCGUUUCGCCUGGCCAAGAAGAUAAAAUAGUUGACAAAACGAAACUUGAGCCAGUCGUUACACUACAGAUGCUGCAAUCACAAAAGAAACCUCUAUCCCUGCCCAGCGAUGAUACCGGUUCUGGUGAAAUUCAAGUAACCGCUGCUUCAGAACAAACGGAGCCACAGAUUGAGAGCGCUGCUGGUCAAAAUGGACUCUACGUGGUAUAUCCGUCAAGGGGUGAUAAAUCGAGUCCUCAAGAGUUAGGCGACAUCAAGGAGCAAUUACCAGCCAUUGCACAUGUGGAACCACCUACGGGAAGUGAUUAUCAAAACACACCAUUCUCGGUGGUGCGUGAUCAGCCACAAGAGCCUAUACUAAAGAACAAAAAGCCGCAAUCGCUUCAACAACAAACAAAGUUGCAACAGGCGAAAGAUAAGUUCCCGUAUCCCAUUGAAAAGCCAGACUUAUCCUAUUCGGAGCUUAACACUGCCGCGCAUGUCCCUGUGAUCGCACCACGUAUCAUUAGUGGCACGUACGGUGUUGGUUCACCGGAUACACCAAUCGCAAUAGCUUACAGUCCAACAGAGCCUAGUCCAUACCGACGUGUGGGCGUCAACAGUGCACAGCGCUUUUCGAAUGUCAAUCUCGCCUCAUCCGUUAUCAGCGAAAUACGUACCGAUACACAAACCGAGGAGGGACUCAGCAAUGAUUUUGAUGUGCGCGGCCAGAAUCUAGAAAAGAAUUUCAUGGCACCAUUCUAUCCGAGCGUAAGCCUCGGCACGGCUACCAAUGCGCCAUUGAACGGCUGGAAUAUAUUGCCUUCGACCACAGAAAAUUCUAUCUAUGAAAAACACAACAUCAACCGCGCCGAUGUUGGAGAGCCUGCGCCCGCCGAGUUGACCGAAACGACAACAGCGAAAAAUUUUGAAAUUGAUAGUUUCCAACCCGAACUGCAAGGUGGAUUCAAACCCAUCUACCCACCAGGUUAUAAACUCGAAGAAGAAGUGCAUGAGUCUAAAGACAUGUUUGCCAAUGAAGACGAUAAACCAUUAGCGCUAGCCAGCUACAUGCGUCCGGAAAACAAUAAAGAAGCAGCAAUCAGCACGACUUCAACUAGUUCAACAACGACCAGCACUACAGCCAAACCCAAGGUAGACAGCACUGUUAGACCGAAGCAAACAAUUGCGGCUAACGGUUCAACAAAUAGCACCGAUGCCAGUAGUGCGCCACACUCCAGUAACUCAGCAAGCACGAAUGCAACCAAGGCGCCUGCUGCAGUCGCUACCACACCUGCGAAAAAGAAGACGACAUUCGAGACUAGCCUGGCCGCUUUACUCUUCGGUGAUGAUGAGGAAUUCGAGAAUGGCAGCGAAGCAAGAAAGCAGCAACCGAUACAAGCGACCGUCGAAACCAAAGCGAUUAGUGCAGGGCCGCGUGCGAAUGCGGGUGCGCCACGCAUGGGUCCACGCAGCCUUAAGAUCAGAUAGAUCAACUGGAUAGGCAGGGCGGCGUCAAAAGCUGAAGAAGUAACAUCGAACAAAGGCACAUACCCUUCGAAUUAUUAUUUAAAUUAUUAGGCAUUUAGUACAUUUAAAAUCCUUUUAGAAAGUGGAAAUUGAGGAAGCAGGAAGUUACGAAAUUAGAGCUUAGUUUAGUGUUUUCAUUAUUUAUGUACUCCAACUGGAGUAAUGUGGAAAUCUAGUUAGUUUAGUUUAUUGCGUCCUAUAAUAAUGGGAUUGAGUAAUUCCAUUAAGAAUUUCAAAUUCGCCUUAAUAACACAAUUUCUGCACAAAUACAACACUAACAAACAUACGCACCACAUCCUAGCAAGAAAAAUAAGAUUCGCUCAAUUAGUGGGCCAGACAAUAGCAUUUAUAUCUAAUGAAUUUUGCGAGUCUAAUUCGAAAAAAAAAAAUAUAGCGACAGGUAGGCGAUAUACCCAAAAAAAAAACUAUGCCUAACUGAGGUGGCAUUCAUGAAUGGGUUGUUUUCUUAUUAGACUCCCGAAUCGUCGAGUUACAAUUAUAUCAUAUUUAAAAAAACACAGAAAAAAGUAUAUUAAAAUUCAAAACUAAAAACUAUAAAUAUCUUAAGCCUUGUUUUCACUGUGACAUUGUUGACGGCAUGAUUCUCCGAAAAGUUUUGCCUUAACCCUAUUCCCGUUAUUCCCUGCUGGAGCUGUUAAUGCUGUGGUUUUUAAGCAGACAUUUAAGCAGUGCAUAUAACCGCGAGAUAACGUAAGCGACAUUUUUUCAAAAUUUACUUUUUUAAGUAUUUAGAAAUCUUUCUGAGAACUCUUAAAGCAUUGCUGCAUUUAUUCACUUAAUUGUUGACUAAGGUCAACGAGUUUGUCGCAGUGAAAACAAAUAUUUAGAUAAAAGUUGUCAAUUAACAAAAGAAAUAAUGCUC